AUGGACUCCAAGGAACCUCACAGCCAUGGCUACCAUCCCAGCAGUUUUAAUUAUCUUGAGGAGAACUCCUGCAGAAACUCAGAUAGAGAACCCCGACCAUGGUGCUACACCACCAGCCCAUCCAAACGAUGGGAGUACUGCUCCAAACCGCGCUGCACUACUGAGCCUCCCACCUUCAUCCCAGAGAUGGAUAUAGGUGAUAUAGGCAUCACUGAUAUAGGUGUAGCGUACCGGGGAACAAUUGCUGUAACUGUGACUAGCAAAACGUGCCAGAGAUGGUCAUCUCAGACGCCACAUAAACACCACCAAAUCCCAGAAAACUGCCCUUACAAAGGUCUGGCUGCUAACUACUGUCGUAACCCUGACAAUAAGUUGUUCCCCUGAUGCUACACAACUGACCCUGACACUGAUUGGAAGUUUUGCAACGUGCCACUAUGUGGGGAAGCACCUACUCCAGAUGAGAAAGAUUGCUAUGAGGGGAACGGUUCCAGUUAUUGGAGUAUAACAUCAGAGACCAUCAGUGCUCCAUUGGAAAUGAGAACAGCGGUUGAACUGAAUUGUGGAACACCAGCUAUCAAACCAAAGCGCUGCCUUCGUAGUAUGGUGGUCAGUGGCUGUGUGUCAAAGCCUCACUCGUGGCCCUGGCAAACUGCCCUCCAGACCAAGACUUUCAAUUUCCUCAACAAAAUGUGAACUCUGAUCCACCCUCAGUGGGUCUUAACAUCUGCUUUGUGCUUGAGCUCCAGUCAGCCUUCAGCCUUGAGGGUAGUGCUGGGUAUGCACUCACUUAGAGCCACUGUGCCAUCGAGACAAGUGAGGAUGCUUGAGAAAAUCAUGACUGGACCAGAUGGAUCGAAUAUUGCUCUGCUCAAACUAGCAACACCUGCGGUGAUAAACAACCAAGUGCAGCUGGCUUGUCUGCCAAAAAAGGACUAUAUAGUUCCUGGUGGAACAAUGUGUUAUGUUACUGGAUGGGGUAGGACUCAAGGUAUUGGAGGUGGACGCGUCCUGGAAGAAACUGGUUUCCCUGUGAUCGACAACAAGAUCUGUAAUCGCGACACUGAUAUAGUUGCAGACCACGAAAUAUGUCCUGGAAAUACAGAGGGAGGAAAAGCAAGCUGCCAGGGUGACAGAGGUGGUCCUCUGGUUUGUUAUGAGCAGAACAGAUUUGUCCUUCAGGGUGUCACAACAUGGGCUGAGUGAUGUACGUUGAGCAGGACGCCCAGUGUCUACGCUCGAGUUUCUAAGUUUGUGGACUGGAUCGAUGCAACCAAAGCCAACUAA